AUGUCAGAUACAGAUCGUCUUAAAAUUGCAUUUUCAAAUCUUGAAAAUAUUUCGCCACAUAAAAUACGUUCACCAUUAUCUCAACCUCGUAGAGCGAGUAUAGCAAUGAUAAUUCGUAUUAGACCUAAAAAUUCAUCGUAUGAACAUGAUAAACUUGAAUCCUCUGAAUCUUCUUCAAAUAUAUCUUCGCAAAUUGAAGAUAAUAAUAAUAAUGACAACGAUUCAAUAACAGAUUUAGAAGAUUUUUGGAAAAUGGAGUGGGUAAAAAAUGGUGAACCAGAAAUCUUUUACAUUAAAAGGGCUUUAAGGGAAGGUGAUCGAUGGAGCGGUCAAAUGGCUUUCCCUGGCGGUAAGCAAGAUACUGAUGAUGUUGAUGAUUUAGAUACAGCUGAAAGAGAGACAUUCGAGGAGGUUGGUUUAGAUCUUGGUAAUCAUAAAUUAUUUAUGUGUAUUGGAGCGUUGGAUGACAGAGAGAUAACUUCAACUUUUGGAAAAAAUUUAUUAAUGGUUCUUUGUCCCUUUGAAUCUCCGCCAAUUGAGAUUUCUGGAUCUGAAGUUGCAUCAACACAUUGGGUACCGCUAUCAAUCUUCUUUAAUUCCGAGAUUACGCAAAAAUGGGAACCGGAAUCGAUAGAUUUAUCUUCAAAGUUGGCGCCGAAAUCUUGGAUAUUACAAAAUAUAUUCAAGACGCUUAUAGGAAGAAUGCAUUUUCAUUGCAUUGGAUUGCCUCAUGUUGAUGUAGAUGGAGUUACUACGAGAAUGUUAAGGUUAUGGGGGUUAACAUUACAAAUGACGAGCGAUUUAAUAGAUAUGAUGUAUCGACAAACCGAAGAACCGCCAAGAAGACUAGAUGCUAAAAGACCAAAAUUUGAUUAUUGGGAUGUGAAUUUUUUUGUAUGGUAUUUUUUAAGACAUAAUCGUAAAAAUUAUAAAAGACAAAUAUCAGAAUUAAAAACACGAAGAAUAAUUUGGGCAGGAGGUUGGCGUGAAUAUUUUAUGGCAGUACAAAAAUCUUGUAUCAUAGCUACUAUUAUUAGAACUUUAAUUGCUUUAUUAUUAAUUAGAAAAUUACCAAGUAUAAUUAUUAUUAUUAAGAAAAUUUUAUAA